AUUGGCCGGCCAUCGCUGUAUAUAUUGAAGCCACGCCGCUCUCUCGCUCUCUUUGACUCCAGCGACUGCAGGAGGAUCUCCAUACGGCUUUGUGUCCAGUAAGUGGGGGCGGGUCAGGGUCACUGCUUAUCGCCACCCAAUAAGGGGAUAUCUACUAACCUGCGAGAUACGGUGUGUGAGUGCAGCCUGGAUUACCGCCUCCCCGUCUGACAGAACUCGCAGCUUAGUGAAUCCGGCAGCUGGAGCGAUAUCUAACCGUGAUAAUUCCCUGAUUAUAAUAAACCAACAUGGCGGCACUCGGUGUGUGUGUGUCUCACUGAUAAUAAUCCCCCUCUCUGUUAUUAUUAUCUCCCCUCCCCCCUCUGUAAUAGCUGCUCUCAGUAUUAAUGGGGGGGGGGCAAUCUGUGACAUUCUCAGCCAGUCUCUCCCCAGUUAGUGCUCUGAGCUGAAUGUCCCCCCCCUAUAUUCUCUCUCUGUCAGUCAGUGAUAAUACCCUAUCUCUAUUAUCUCCCCAUGUAAUAGCUGCUCUCAGUAUUAAUGGGGGGGGGGGGUGGCAAUCUGUGACAUUCUCAGCCAGUCUCUCUCCCCAGUUAGUGCUCUGAGCUGAAUGUCCCCCCCCUAUAUUCUCUCUGUCAGUCAGUGAUAAUACCCUAUCUCUAUUAUCUCCCCCUAUAAUAGCUGCUCUCAGUAUUAGUAGGUAAUGUGUGACAUUCUCAGCCAGUCUCUCCCCCCAGUUAGUGCUCUGAGCUGAAUGUUCCCCCCCCCCCCUAUAUUCUCUCUAUCAGUGAGUGAUCCUGCCUGUAUCAUGGCUCUGCUAGUGGUAAAGCCGUAUCGGGAUAUGGUAACGCGGGUUAUAGAUUGAUGGCAACACUACGGAAUCUGUUGGCGCUAUAUAAAUAAUAAUGGGGUUAUAGCAGAAUGUCACGUCUCACAUUUUCAUAGAUAUAUUCUGUAUGUAAUAUGGAUUAAAGGGACACUAUAGUCACCCAGACCACUUCAGCUCAAUGAAGUGGUCCUGGUGCCAGGUCCCUCUGGUUUUAACCCUUCAGAUGCAUUUGGGGUUAAGCCAGCUUCUAGUGGCUGUCUUCUAGAGGCACAUUUCAUCUAUAUAGGAAAGCAUUGAGAAAUGCUUUCCUAUGGACGCUUUGAAUGUGAGCGGCACUGCUGCACAUUUGGCUGAGCUGGUGUUGUAUUAAGGUAAGUAACUCAAGGGGGUUUUAACCCAUUCAGUGACACAGAAGGGGAACCCUCAGGCACUAUAGUGUCAGGAAAACUGCUUUGUUUUCCUGACACUAUAGUGAUCUUUUAACACCACACAAUCCAUAGUCCAUACUACAAAGUAGAAUGCUUUGUAUAAUGGCCAAGCUUGUGGUUUAUAAGUCACUAAAAAGCAUUCUGCUGUCAAUGUCCAGUCCCAGCUGUCACGAAUGACAACUUUAUGACUUGGUCUUUUCAGUUCAAACUGUAACGUUAACUUUCCCAGAUUGUAUAGCUUGGAGGAAAGAUGAGAAAGGGGGAUAUGAUCGAAACAUUUAAAUACUUAAAGGGAAUCAACACAGUAAAGGAGACCAUAUUUAAAAGAAGAAAAACUACCACAACAAGAGGACAUAGUCUUAAAUCUGAGGGGCAAAGGUUUAAAAAUAUCAGGAAUUAUUUUACUUAGAGUGUAGGGAUGCAUGGAAUAGCCUUCCAGCUGAAGUGGUAGAGGUUAACACAGUAAAAGUGUUUAAGCAUGUGUGGGAUAGGCAUAAGGCUAGCCUAACUAUAAGAUAAGGAUAGGGACUAAUGAAAGUAUUUAGAAAAUUGGGCAGACUAGAUGGGCCGAAUGGUACUUAUCUGCUGUCAUAUUCUAUGUAUGAAUGUAGCUCCACAUUUAGCUAGUUGGGUACCAUAUCGAGCUCUUCAUGCUGACUGCAUGUAUCAUGACAAAAGUAACAUUUAAAUAGACAACUAUAUACUGGGCUCUGCAAAUAAUUAAAGGGCCAGCUUAAAAUGUAGUACAAAUCUCUUUAAUUGUAUUUUUUUUUUUUUGUAGGUUCCCCAUCGUUACUUUAAAGGGGCAAUUAACAAUGUCCGGAGCUCUAGAAGUCCUGCAGAUGAAGGAGGAAGAUGUCCUCAAGUUCCUGGCAGCAGGAACCCACUUGGGUGGCACCAACCUAGACUUUCAAAUGGAACAAUACAUCUACAAGAGAAAAAGUGAUGGUGAGUUUGGUAAAAAGGCAUGAGUUUUAAGGCCUAGACCUUCUUGGGCCAGGGUUUAGUUUACUAUACCACUUUUUAUAAAGUGAGCAUGAUUAUUUUUUCUAAGAACUUUUUUUAUGUAUUUCCGCAGGAAUUUACAUAAUCAAUCUGAAACGCACAUGGGAAAAGCUUCUCCUUGCAGCUCGGGCUAUUGUAGCCAUUGAGAACCCUGCUGAUGUGUGUGUAAUUUCCUCCAGAAAUACUGGUCAGGUAAGGGGCAAUUGCGCUGAAAUCUUUGUUUAUAUAUUGGGAGGACAGGAAGCAAAUUCCUGCUGUUCAAGAGCUACAACUCCCAUCAUGCUCUUAAAGCUAGUAAAACAUGAAAUGGUAACAGGCUUUGUCCAAUGAAUUGUAGGCUUUACUUAGCAAAUUUAGAAUUAAAUCUUGGAAAAUGAUGUGUUUUAAACAUUACUAAUUCUACCAGUGGCCCAAACUUUGGGCAAUUCUUGGAUACCCUUCAUAAUUCUUUAGUAUCUGUACCUAGGCUGUUAAUGGUGAAAUAGUACCUACUUUGUCAAAAAGCCUAUUGCUGCAAAGGAUGUAUAGUAAUUUCCAACCCACGCACACUGUUAAAGCUCGGAGUAGAAGCCAUUUUGUGGUUUGUGAACUCUCGAGUGUCGGAAGUGUGCAACAUUAAUUCCAAGGCGGGAUUUUCGCUAACACCGUCAGAGCAUCAUGCUCAAUGAUCGGGGUUUGAUAGUGAUCUCUGCCACAAUGAUCUCUAUCCAUAAAGAACAUUGUGUUUUUUCAUUUUUCUGCAGUUUUAGUCAUACUUGUUUAUUCCUUUAGCGUGCUGUACUGAAGUUCGCAUCUUCCUGUGGUGCAACACCAAUUGCUGGGCGCUUCACUCCUGGUACCUUCACCAAUCAGAUCCAGGCUGCCUUCCGUGAGCCACGUCUGCUAGUCGUGACUGACCCCAGAGCUGAUCAUCAGCCUCUCACAGAAGCCUCCUAUGUGAACAUCCCUACCAUUGCUUUAUGCAAUACUGACUCACCCCUGCGCUAUGUAGACAUUGCCAUCCCCUGCAACAAUAAGGUGAGUUAUAAAUGAGUUUCACUGAAUUCUGGUGGGAUCUGUUCUAGAAAGAUGUAUAUCACAAUUGGUCAUACUUCAUGGUCCGCUACCGCUGAGACCAGCCUUCAGUUUGAACAUGCAGUUGUGGCUGACUAAUCAAUGUGAGAUGGGUAACUGAAUAUGAGGGUAUAGCAAUGGGUGGCAUUUAAACACUCUAUGCUGUCUUCAAUGACUUAUAGACAGUUGGCUCCACCAGUUUCAACAGGUUCUGAUAAAUACUGGUUACAUCAGUCAAAUGUGAAUUUAUUUGAAGAGUGUAUUACUUGGAUUAGCACCAAAGGAACACUUUAAAACCUCAUUCAGAUUAAACUUAAGGAAUAUAACUCUAGCUACAUGCAUGAGUCUGACAUGGUUACUAAAACACUGUAGUACACUGCUGCCCUAAAUGUUCAAAGUCUUUCCAUUGUAAUGAUAGAUAAUGAACUGUACCUUUAAAAUUGGCCAGCUUCGGUAGGUUGCUGCGGUCCAUAUAUGGGCUGGAGUUCCUUUUUCAUAUAACAAAGUACGUUGUAAAAGAACAAAGGGUUACUCCUGCCAUCAAAACUACUAAACUAGGCAAUGUAAUGCUUUGUGUAAAUUCUUAUUCCAGCUUGGCUAAUGACUCCCCAGUGAACUUGUCAGGUAUUCUAAACUUCUGACCGCAAAGGUGUUCAGCAUUAAACUGCACAUACACUCCAGGUGUCUUGGCCACUUCAAAUCACUGAAGUGAAGAUAAUGCUUGUAGUAACUUUACAUUGUGAAACUCUAGAAAUGUGGUGGUAGCCUAAAAUGAGUUAGUUUUACUAGGGUUUUUCUUUUAGUACCUGAACUUGAUUUAGCCAUCUAGCGUUUUCUGAAGAGCAGCUCUCAGAAUUUUUUUUAACUUGAGGGUGACUUUUUUUUUUUUUCCUGAUAACUCGCAAAGUGGGUGACUUUGUAUAAACCUAGGUACUUGUCUUACUUUCAAUGUAGACUCUUGCAUUAUAUAAAAGCUAUAUGUAAGCUUUUACCUCUACUGGUGCAAUCUCUGCCAGUCUUAAACACACAAAGCUUUUGUGUAUUGGACUACUGUUUUUGCUGUAAUCUUGGCUCUUGUAUUAAUUGCUCUUCUCUGAUUUAGGGUGCUCACUCAGUGGGUCUCUUAUGGUGGAUGUUGGCCCGUGAAGUUCUGCGUAUGAGAGGUACAAUUUCCCGUGAACACCCCUGGGAGGUCAUGCCUGAUCUUUACUUCUACAGAGAUCCAGAGGAGGUGAGGUUCUUUUGGGUAUACUUUACUCUGAAUGCUUGGGCAUCAUCAAGAUGGGUGUAAUGUUACCAAAGCAACACAAGAUCUCUAAUCUGCCCUGUUAAAAGAUGGUUAACAUGGUCAGGUUUAAUCUCUAACUGUUAUUGAACAGAAUAUGAAACUUUGGGUCACAGUUCUCCAGCUAUUUUAGCCGGCAAAUGCAAUCUGUUAAUGAACUUAACUUAUUCUGUGUUAAACACAUUGCUAUUUGGCUGUAGGUAACACUGGCAAUUUUUUUGCUUGUACUGCCUGACUUAGUCUUGUGAAAUCGAAUCCUGCUGAAGGGAGCGGAACAUCUUUAAACUAAAGAAUUGAAUUAUUUAAUGGCUAAAAAAACACACAAUUCAUGCAUAAUAUGGUUCCAUAAUUAUUGCCUAAUGCUUUUUGCAUUAGAGCAGAUUAUCAGGCCUCUUGGUGGAACAAGAACCAAAGGUUACUUGCACACUCCAAAUACCUAUGCAUAGUUUUAUAAAUGGAGUUUUUUUAGUACUAUUCCAAUGGCUUUUAGAUGUAAGCUUGCCUGCUAUGUCAAAGCAAACCUUUUUAGGGAGUCAUUAACAGCUCACCUUGCUUCCUUUAGCUUCAAGUAACAAAAAUCAGACUGGUAUCUUUCUAAACCCCUACACUCCUAUUAACACUUUAUAGGGAACAAAUGGGGUGGGUGGCAGCACUGCAUGGCUGUGUAAUACAAAAGCAAAGGCACAAAUAUGUCCUGGGCUCAGACUCCCACUGGUAGAAUAAUUCCAUAAUAGCUAGUCUUUUCCUCCACCAAUGGGUAGGCUGUACAUAAUGAACUCUGUGCAACUUGAGUAAAGCCAUUCUUGUUUCAAGUACCAACAAGGUUUUCCAGCCUUCUUUUGCCAUGGGUGUCUGUCCCUUAUUUUUAAUUCUGUCAUUCUUCUGAUCUGGAGACCUUCAUGGUCGGUGAUUAAUUUCAUCAAGAGCUAAUUCUCCCCCACCCUUGUCUAGCAUACUGCAAACUGAUCUAGACUUGGGAGUGCAAAUCUGAAGUAAUACAUUGCUAUGAAAAAAUGACUGUCUAAAGUUUGUGUAUAGUCAGACCCCUAAUCUUUGUGUAAUAUCUAGUGUUUAUCAGCACUGUCUUUUUAAAACUAAAAUAUUCAAGGAAUGUAAUUUAGCUUGAAAACCUGAGUAAUGCUUUUAUGCUGGUAUAAAUUUCCUGUUGAUCUGUGCUGAUAUUUAUUGUGAAAUGUUAAUCUGUGUAGAUUGAGAAGGAAGAACAGGCCGCAGCUGAGAAGGCCACCACCAAAGAAGAGUACCAAGGAGAAUGGACUGCACCGGUUCCAGACUUCCCUCAGCCUGAGGUUGCUGACUGGUCUGAAGGUGUGCAAGUUCCCUCUGUGCCCAUUCAGCAGUUUGCUCCAGGUUAGUACGCUUCAUGCAAUGAAUGUCUACAUAAAAGCCAAAUGUGAACUCUGGUCUGCCUUGUUUCAACUUAUUUUUUUCUUUUUAUUCCAGAACGAACUGAUAUUCCAGCUGCUCCAAAACCUCAAGGUGAGAAACUCUUUUUUUGAAUUUUAGAAAAAUAAGGAAAUUCCCUUAAAGGGCCCUACCUAUAGACAUGGAAAAGCCAGAAAGUCUGUCUAGCAAAAUUUAUAUUCCCAUGGGGAAAUCCUGAAUUAAAGGAAGUGAGCUUUUAGAGGUGGUGCACUAAACAAACACUUAAUCUGCAUAAUCCUGUACAGCCAGAAUCUGGUGUUAUCAAUAGAACAAAAUCUUUAUUUAAAGGGCAUCUUCCUAUGUCUUAUUCCUCCACCCAUCUGGAAACUGUAGACCAACUGUCUAGGCUUAUACAAUAAACGGUCAUAUAUUUCAAAACUGACUAUAUUUUUUCUUUUAGCUGAAGAUUGGAGUGCCCAGCCAACUAGCACUGAUGACUGGUCUGCUGCCCCAACUGCUCAGGCAUCUGAGUGGGUUGGAACCACAACUGAGUGGUCUUAAAAAUUGAGAUCGAUCAACAUUACCAAUGUUUUGAAACAAAUAAACAUUUUCAGAAAAUUCUAUUGGUUUUCUUUUGUAUUCAGUAUGUGCAGGAGCUCGUGCAAAGGAAAGGCUUGGUUAAUUGCAGAGUAGACAUGAGUUCUUAU